ACACUAGGAAACAUUUCAGAGUAAAUGAAUUUAAAUUAAGAAGAUAUGGCAGGAGUGGGUUCGGUUCCUCCGAAGAGGAAGGAGAUAUACAAGUAUGAGGCACCAUGGACCGUUUUUAGCAUGAACUGGUCUGUCAGACCUGACAAGAGAUUUAGAUUGGCUUUAGGAAGCUUUGUUGAGGAGUAUAACAAUAAAGUACAGAUUGUGUCUCUGGACGAAGAAACUUCUGAGUUCUCAGCCAAGAGUACAUUCGACCAUCCGUACCCGACCACGAAGAUAAUGUGGAUACCGGACAGUAAGGGUAUCUACCCUGACUUGUUGGCAACAAGCGGUGAUUAUCUUAGGGUUUGGAAAGCAGGAGAACCAGAGACUCGAUUGGAAUGUCUUCUAAAUAAUAACAAAAACUCUGAUUUCUGUGCUCCACUUACAUCCUUCGAUUGGAACGAGGUUGAUCCAAACCUUUUGGGGACAUCUUCAAUUGAUACAACCUGCACUGUUUGGGGAUUAGAAACGGAUCAGAUGUUGGGUCGGGUCACGAUGGUUUCUGGUCAUGUGAAGACACAGUUGAUAGCUCACGAUAAAGAAGUUUACGACAUAGCUUUCAGUAAGGCUGGCGGAGGUCGUGACAUGUUUGCAUCUGUUGGUGCAGACGGCUCCGUUCGAAUGUUUGAUCUGAGGCAUUUAGAGCACUCCACGAUAAUCUACGAGGAUCCGUCUCAUACUCCUCUACUACGCCUCUCCUGGAAUAAGCAGGAUCCAAACUAUUUGGCUACUGUUGCGAUGGAUGCAUGUGAGGUCAUUAUUCUGGACGUGAGGGUACCAUGUACACCAGUUGCUAGAUUGAACAACCACCGCGCAUGCGUUAAUGGUAUUGCCUGGGCACCACACUCAUCCUGUCAUAUUUGCACAGCUGGAGACGAUCACCAGGCUCUCAUCUGGGAUAUUCAACAGAUGCCUAGAGCAAUCGAGGAUCCUAUCCUUGCAUAUACGGCUGCAGAGGGAGAAAUAAAUCAGAUUCAGUGGGGGGUUACCCAACCUGAUUGGAUAGGUAAAUAUUUGUUUUGGUAAAUAUUUAGAAGGAUG